AUGAUUGAUUCAAAGAUAUCAAAAUGUUUUGGUGAACCUAUAUUAAAGAAUACCUUAGUAGUAAUUGAAUGUAAUUCAUUAUAUCCUAUUAAUCUAUCUGUGAGAGAUAAUAAUGAUAUUAUUUAUUCAGCAGGUAAGCAUAUUUAUAAUUAUAUUAAACUAAUAAAUAAAAUAGAACUUAUUUUAAAGAUAUUAACUUUAUUUUCUUUAGAUGGUAACUCAAUUAAAACAGCAUUUACAACAUUAGAAAGUGGUCCACAUUAUAUUUGUAUAUUUAAUCCAAAUGACUCUAAUAUAAAAACAACAAUUUCUUUUAAAUGGGGUUCAGAAACUCAAGAUUAUACUUCUAUUGCAAAAAAAGAGCAUAUUGAACCAUCAAAAAAGAUAUUGAAUGAUAUUAUUAUAGCUUUAAAUGAUUAUCAGAGUAGCUUAUUCCAAAUUGCACAAGCAGAAUCUCUUCUUCAUGUUGCUUCAGAAUCAGCAUAUUCUAGAGUUAUAUUCUUUUCUAUUUUAAAUAUUAUUGUAAUUAUUGGAAUUAAUAUAAUUCAAACAAUUUAUUUUAAAAAAUUCUUUAGUUCUAGGAAACUAAUCUAA